AUGGCCACUUCAAACCACCCCGACGCUCCUUUCGUGAUCCCAACUCCUCGCUCCCCUUCGUUCGUCUCCCGCGUUCGCAUCAUGGACGAACAAGUUUCCUCGACCACCCCCGACCCGCCGACGGUGACGAUGGCGACCCUUAAUCUCUCCUCUCCCGCCGAGAAAACGGAUGGCGAUAUACAAACAACCCCCAUCCGCGCCGUCACGGACCCGACCCCAACGCUGCUUCCAUCCUUCCAAUCUCGCUCUCCUCGAGCGCGUUCUCCGUACUCCAGGAGUCAUCUACGAUCUCACUCGACCAACUCAUCAUCGCUGAGUGCACCUCCGAUGGCGCGAGCACAUUCCAACCCGAUCCCGCUCGACAGCCACUCCAUGACGCUGUCUCCGUCCUUCCGCUCGUCGAGCCCUCUCCGAUCUCCUGGGCGGGUUCGCAGCCCCUUCCGCCCUGGUCCUCCCAUCGAAGAAUCCAGCGGUAUCGCCUACUCGAUCCCCAUUUCCAGCGAGACCAUCAACGAAGACGCUGAACUCGACCUCACCCCACGGCACCACUCCACCGACAUCCGCGUCAUCCCCACCGCCUCCUUCUCCUCCUCCUCCAUGCCCAGCACCCCGACCUCCACCCGCUCCCGCUCCCCCUCCAUAUCCUCCCUCGAAACCAUCCCCGACAUGCCCGACGUCGAAGCCGCCGCCGUGGAGGAGGAGAUGCGCCGCCUGGAGCUGCUACGCGUGCGGUCCGAGGAGCGCGCGGAAGAGGAGGUCGAGGGGGAGCCGGCGCGGGGACGGGGGUGUAGGAGGGGGAGCGUGGAUGUCGGGGGGCAGGCGAGGGGGCAGGGGUUUGGGUUUGGGAGCGCGAGGGAGAAGAGGAAGAGGUGGAGUGUGUGUGGAGCGGAGAGGAGGCAGGAUUUGGACUUGGAGACGAUCUGGGAGGAUUGA